CUGAGUCAGAAUCCCUGGCUGCAGCCCACCCAGCCCCCUCUGCUUCAGGCUUCAGCCGGACCGGGCGGGCUGCGAGGCGCUUUCCGGAGCUCCCGGGACUCCACGGCCGGGGCUGGAUUUUUUGUGUUUGCGCGUUUCAACUCCAGCUUAACACCCCGCACCCCGGGCUGCCUUCAGUGAGGGCGGCAGGCGCUGGGUUUCCCCAGGACAGAGGCGCCCUGCCCUGCUCUGCCUCGCAGGAUGCCUGGACCCCAGUGGAAGGUCAAGCGGAGUUGGUUUAAAGUGCUGGUGGGUUUGAUAGCAGUGGCCUUGGCUUAUUCCUACAACGUGGACCUGGAUCACCCGGUGGUCUACCAGGGGCCCAAUGGCUCCUUCUUUGGUUACUCGGUGCUGGAGCAUUACUACGAUAACACCCGCUGGGUCCUGGUUGGUGCCCCAAAGGCAGAUUCUAAAUACAGCGCCUCUGUUAAGUCCCCAGGAGCUGUCUUUAAAUGUCGAGUCCACACCAAUCCUGAGAGGAGGUGCACAGAGCUGGAUAUGGGUCGAGGCAAUACUCGGGGCACGCUCUGUGGAAAGACCUGUAAGGAGGAUAGAGAUGAUGAAUGGAUGGGCGUAAGCCUUGCUAGACAGCCCAAGGCUGACGGAAAUGUGCUGGCCUGUGCCCAUCGCUGGAAAAACAUCUACUAUGAGACAGAGUACGUCCUUCCCCAUGGUUUCUGCAAUAUCAUCCCACCCAACCUCCAUUCCAAUGGUCAAAAAUUGUUGCCCUGUUAUGAAGAGUAUAAGAAGAAAUAUGGGGAAGAGCAUGGCUCGUGUCAGGCUGGAAUAGCAGGCUUCUUCACUGAGGAGUUGGUCAUCAUGGGAGCACCAGGAUCUUUUUACUGGACAGGAACUGUCAAAGUGUUGAACCUCACUGACAACACCUAUUUCAAACUGAAUGAUGAUGCUGUGAUAGCCAGGCGGUACACAUACUUAGGAUACGCAGUGACAGCAGGUCAUUUCUCCCAGCCGACUACCACAGAUGUUGUAGGAGGAGCUCCCCAGGAUGGAGGCAUUGGAAAGGUUUAUAUUUUCAGGACAGACAGGGGAUCAGGCUCCUUAAUAAAGAUUUUUCAGGCAUCGGGUAAAAAGAUGGGCUCUUACUUUGGCUCCUCCUUAUGUGCAGUUGAUCUGAACUCAGAUGGACUUUCAGACCUGCUGGUUGGAGCACCCAUGUUUUCUGAGAUCAGAGAUGAAGGUCAAGUCACAGUCUAUGUCAACAGAGGAAAUGGAGUCCUGGAAGAGCAACUUGUUCUGAACGGCGACAAUGCCUAUAAUGCACACUUUGGGGAAAGCAUGGCCUCCUUAGGAGAUAUUGAUGAUGAUGGCUACUCAGAUGUCGCCAUUGGGUCCCCAAAGGAGGAUGACUACGUAGGAGCGGUGUAUAUCUACCAUGGAGACGCAGGUGGCAUUGUUCCGCAGUAUUCUAUGAAACUGUCUGGGCAAACUAUAAACCCAAUGCUGCGGAUGUUUGGCCAGUCCAUAUCAGGAGGAGUUGAUAUGGAUGGAAAUGGUUAUCUGGAUGUGACCAUUGGGGCCUUCAUGUCAGACAAUGUGGUGCUUCUAAGAUCUAGACCUGUCAUUACAAUGGACAUCUCCAUUUUCCUGCCAGCUUCCAUCAAUAUCACAGCUCCCCAGUGCCAAGAUGGCUUGCAGCAGGUGAACUGCCUCAAUGUCACAGUCUGCUUUCUUUUUAACGGCAAACGUGUUCCAGGAGAAAUAGGUUUGAAUUAUAUCUUGUCUGCAGAUGUGGCAAAGAAAGAAAAAGGCCAACAGCCCAGGGUUUACUUUGUGUCUUCUGGAGAAACAGUGGGACAGAUUGUGGAGCAGUUACAGCUGUCGUACAUGAGGGAAAAGUGUGAUCACUACCUAGCCUACGUGAAG